GAUGAAAAAUCAGUAGAAGUCGACAUAAUUGGACCAAGAGAAAUUCCUCUGGACAGUGCUGGAGUCUAUGUAAUGGUGACACAUUGCGCAGUAAGAUCUGAAAAUUUUACAUUUGAGAUCACAGGGCCCGAAGAAAAGGAUAUAGUAACAGUUGGAAACCUGGGUGUUAAAGAUUUUGACAAAAACUAUGAUCCUGUUCCUCAAAGCAUUUAUUUCUACAACACGACAAAAGUAGGCUCUGAUGAUGAUGUCAUUUAUACAGCUGCGACUAUGAAUCUUGGAAUAAUGACGAAUGUUGGGAACUACCGGGAAGCCCGUGAUGAAGGAAAUGUAAUAAAUGUAACUUUUGCCAUCUACGCUCUCAAUAAUGAGUCACAUUUGGGUAUGGAAAUAGAAUUCAAAACUUCAGUGAUUGUGGGAAAAGAAACUCUUUAUUCUGAGCCGUUCAAAGUGAAGCUAGUGCCAAGAAAAGACGCAGAUAAGAUGGUUACAGUAAGAUCUUCUAAAGGAGAACUGACAACACAAAAUGUGGGUAUUGGAGAUAUGGCUAUUUAUACAUUGUGGUCUAAUCUGACUAACGACGGCUACGCGGAUUAUGUGCUAGCAGUAAGCACAGCACGUUUUAAAGGCAUAGCUAGACUGGAAGCUUGUUCCGCCAGACUUUGGAAUUACAAAGGCAGUUUCGAUAUUCCGUACCUGAAUACUACAUUCAUCGAUCCUGAUAUAGAAGAUGAUGUGUUUGUGUUUCGAUUCAACAGAAUACACGUGACAGGACAGCGAACACCAGCCAUUUAUAAUGAUUCCAUGAUUUACAUUCAUCUCGUAAUGAAAGUAAGUGCUAUCAGUGUCAACAAAGAAGGCAUUAACAUUACUCCAAAAGUCAAAAUAGGAACACAAGGCAAACCAGAGCAGGAUGUAUCUGUACCUCAACUUACUAUUUCAGCAAAGAACGAUUAUGAAGCUCCUGCCAUGGUUGUUGAGAAUGGUGUAGCAUGGUCAGAUCUCUACGUAGGAGGCGCAGUGGUUCUUAAUAUUACAAUGUUUGUUCCAAGAGGACAAGGAUAUGCGGAUGUAUUCAUGGAAGCUUCUGGCGAGAACAAUCCACCAUUGCCAGCAGUACAUAUUUGCAGAACUGAAUUGAGUGAAGUUGGACGAAAUGUUCCUUGUCUUCGCAUGCACCAAGAUGAAGUGAACAGUAACUUUACGAAAUACUCUAAAACGGAUCCCAAAAAUCGGUUAAAACCGGAUAUGACAAGCAUAAUGCUAGGUGAUGUUGGUGCACUUCCAGUAGAGGGAAAGAACUUCGCAACCGUAUCUGUAGUAGUUGAACUACCAGAGGGAGUAACUAUCAAGGAAGGUGAACAAUAUCCUAUCAGUUCUGGGUUGCUAAUAUCCACAAAUACUAUAUGGAGUGCGAUGGCUAAUUAUACCAUGAAGAAAACUGCACCACCAGAUCUAGAAGAACCUGACAGGCCCACAGCUGAAGCCCAUUACAAUGAAGAUGAAAAGAUCGUACCUGGACACUUAGCGGAGGUAGAAAUAUGGGUUAAUACUAAAAUUCAGACAAUAUCGGCCUACACAAUUGAAGUGGAGGCUACUACCCGAGACAUCAGUCUCUGCGGAUUGAAAGUUAAAUCCUUUGGUAGGAACUUACCUUGCGUGGAUCUCAGUACGGAACCGUAUUAUCAUCCUCAUGAUAAUCCGCUGGAUGGUAACAAAAUUGCUGGACUCACAUUUUCAGCACUUUCCAAUGUCGGAUUUCGAUCGAACAUGGAGCAUGAUAGACUCGUUGUCAUAGCUUUAGUUCGAAUUGGACCAUCAUGCAAAAAGUCAGAAACGGAGUUAGAAUGGCGUGUAGUCUAUGGCGGAGGAAAAGAGGAAGGAAACGUUAAAAUUCAAGUUGACCUGGAGGCGGAUGCAUCAGAUAUGUCGAUUAGCGCUAAAAAACCAAAAGCACUAGCUUUCAAACCAGCCUAUCCAAAUACGGCUAUUGCCUUGGGAAGUCCAGUUGUCGUCGAUUUAGAAGUGUCGUUAGAACCGGGCUCUUUGGCUCCUGUCAUUGUGCAAAUGAAGAAUGUGGAUGCUGGGAAAAAAUACCCGUAUGACAUGUGCCUUGGAGGAAUAUGGUUCAGAGGAAGAAAUUACCCCUGUUUCUCCCCCGUUCAAGUGGAAAGUAACUUCUCGUCCAGCCAUCCAGAAAAUGCCCACAAUGAUUCUGCAGCUUUCAACCUUGGUUUAGUGUGUAACACAUUCGUUGAUAGCAGAGAUGAGGAAAAUAAGGUAACAGUGCGUAUGGCUAUGAGGCCAGUUCAUGAUGGUUCUUACAAAGUUCGUGACACAUUUAGUGUGGAAGGACGCGCUAUUGUUGGAUCAUAUGAUGAGACAAUUAAUACGCUGAAAUUCAAAAUAGCAGCUGAACCCGACCAAGUAGAGACGAAGGAUAAUGCAUCAGUAAAGCUAGUGAAUCUAGAACCUAUACCUAUACGAAUUCAUCAACGAAUUUGGGUGCCUUUCAAUAUUACGAUACCAAGAGAUGCCAUAGUCAAGGUGUCAGUGGAAGCAAAAUCUAUUCAGCAGAAGAGCAGAGCCAUCAUAACGGUCCACGACCUGAAGUUAGUGUCAGGAGGAAUCAAUAUUCCAUGUCCUAUGCUUUAUCCUCAACCCAAAGUGCAAAAGAUAGCAAGUGGAUCAACUACUCAGACCGAUAUCAUUACAGCUGACAUAGGAUAUUUUACAAACUUAGGUAAUAACAUAAAUAAAAACUGA